CUUUGAAGUGGUAAGCGUGGUCACCACUCACCAGUCAUACCAAUUUCUUAAAACAUUCCUUCACGGCUUCACCCAUUCUUUCAUAACUCCUUAAAACCCACCGUAUCCAACGCGGACAUCCCCACCGCACAACCGCGUCCACCGCCGCCCUUAACACCGUUUCCGACAAUAGCCGGCGGAGCAAAGGAAUAACCCCAUCCAUAAAACCAAGAAUAGUCCCAUUCUCCAUCGCCAGAUCUAGACUCACCUGAACCCUUUCAUCACACCAGUACUUAAUCAGAACUACGUACAAAAGGAAAUGGUUAUGGACUCGCCGGAGCAACGGCGGAAGCGGAAGCGGUUUCUGAAACCCACAAACUUCUCAUCUCUCCGCCAUUUUCCUCCUGUAAGAUCUCUCCUUUACUGUUUCGGUUUCUUUGUUUUCUUCUAUCUCCUUUUCCGGCGACACACGUCGGCGUUUCAUCACGUCAUAGCACACUCCAGAUUAUCCUCUUUAUCCGCCUUUCAAAUGGACCCCGUUUCAGUUUUCUCCAAGUUUAACGAGUUACCUCAGUUUAAAAUAGAAGAUAGGGUUUCGUUUCCUGAUCAUGUUCUACUGUUAGUCUCAAAAAGUACAGAUACCGGAACUGAAAUCGGAAAUAGAUUGAAAUGUAUUUACAAAAGUAACAUCUCCGAUUCCGAUUCGGAUCUCGAUAACGGUGUUAGAAAGGGAAGCAGUCCAUUGUCGGUGGAGGAGUACAACGAUAACCGUUUUCUCGUUCGUUGCCCGCUCCCUCCGGUGAACUUCUCAUCUCUAAUCACACUACAACAACAUGGUCUGAUGAUCGAUACAACAGAAGAUAAACCUGUAAAUUCAUGGGAGAAUCUAGCGUAUGAGGCGGUGUUGGACGGAAACACCGCCGUCGUGUUCGUGAAAGGGAUCAGCCAUCGACAGGAUAAGGAAUCCGACCCGAAACAAUUCAGUUGCCAUUUCGGAUUAGGCGAUUGGAAAACCGGUGACAAAUUCAUGCUCACAACCAGAGCUUUAACGGCUGCUCAAGAAGUCGUCCGGUGUAUGUUACCAAGAAGCAUCCUCAUGCACCCGGAGAAAGCUCUAGGCAUACGCGCCACCGUCAGUUUCAGAAUGCCCAGAAUCCAUGGCCGUUCCCACCGGAUUUUUCUCCCUUCUGUCGCCAAAAUCUCAACUUCAAAACCAACCACAACUAUGAAAAAACACGAUCUUUGCGUCUGCACAAUGCUAUGGAAUCAAGCUGAUUCAAUUCGUGAAUGGGUAACCUACCAUUCAUGGCUCGGUGUACAAAAAUGGUUCAUCUACGACAACAACAGUGAUGACAAAAUCAAAGACGUCAUCAAGAAUCUUAACCUCGAGGGCCACAACAUCACCCGACAUAUCUGGCCAUGGAUCAAAACUCAAGAAGCUGGAUUCUCUCAUUGUGCUAUGCGAGCAAGAACAGUCUGCAACUGGGUUUCUUUCAUGGAUGUAGACGAAUUCUAUCACUUCCCUCGUUUAACCUCCACCAUAACCCCAUCUCAAGGCUCUCUCCUAACCCUAGUUUCUAAUUUCACGUCAUCUUCUUCAAUCGGAGAAAUCAGAACAUCGUGCCAUAGCUUUGGGCCAUCUGGGUUAACUUCACGACCUAAAAAAGGAGUCACAGUAGGGUACACCUGCAGAUUACAAAGCCCAGAAAGACACAAAUCCAUAAUCCGACCCGAUGCACUCGACUUUACCCUAAUGAAUGUGGUCCACCAUUUUCAUUUGAGAAAAGGGUUUACAUUCGUGGAUGUGGAUCAAAGAGUUGCAGUGAUUAAUCAUUAUAAGUAUCAAGUGUGGGAGGUUUUUAGGGCAAAGUUUUAUAGAAGAGUUGCUACUUAUGUGACAGAUUGGAGGGAAAAUCAUAAUGAAGGGUCGAGAGAUCGAGCACCGGGUUUGGGUACAGAAGCAAUUGAACCGGUUGAUUGGAGAUUGCAAUUUUGUGAGGUUUGGGAUACGGGUUUAAGGGAUUUUGUUUUGGGGAAUUUGGUUGAUGUUUCCACUGGGGUUUUACCAUGGGAUAGAUCUUUGUGAUAUAAUAAUAUUUGGGUAUAUUGAUAUUGAUAUAAUUGAUAGAUUGAUUGAUUCUUUGAACCAAGUUAGGGACUUUUCUAAUCAUUGUACUUGGUUUUUUUUAUGUCAUUGUUGUAAGUUUUGGACAAAUUAUGAAAAUACAAAUGUAGGAAGAACCAUUUUUUUUAUUCACCCUUGUUUGGCGGACACGAAAGUCUUCUGUGGAAGCAGUCUCUGUCAUUCAGUGGAGGUGACGGGCAAGACUAUUUGUAACCUCUCGGUCUUGAUAGACUAUUUGUUAUGUGAUUAGGCUAUGGUGGUUGUUGUGUAAUGUAAAUAGAACUAUUGUGUAUUUGGCAUUAUUUUCACAAUUUAUGAUUUUUCUUUUUUGCA